GAUAAUCCUUGCUCGCAAUGUGGAGCUCAAGAAGUGAGGCAAUGUACACUGCCUACCACUACUCCUACUACUAUUCCACCAUCAACAACUAUUGCCUUAACCACCACAACCGAGAGUGUUGUAACCACAUCUACAACAUCAAAGGAUGAUACCACAAUCACAGACAGUACCAUAAGCCAACAGACAACUAAAGCAACUACUUCUCCAUCAACAGAACCUCCAACAACAACUACUACUCUACCAUCAACCACUACAACCAUAGAUCCUGCAUUAAGUCAUCCAUGGCUUGUUAGAAUAGAGAAUGGUAAAAAGAAAUGCUCUGGCACUUUGGUAACACCUUGUCAUGUAAUGACAUUAACAUCCUGUGUCAAACGAGAUAAUGGAAUAAAG